AUGUUCUUUGAGCGCCAGGCAGUCGUGAGGAGUCUCCCCAAGAUUCCCUACACCUAUAUGGCCCGCUAUCCCUCCAAGACCAAGACCAACAUCACCUUCAAGACCGCCGGCAAGUCGUCCAAGGAACACCAGAAACGGUCGUUCAAGUUCAAGUUCCACAAUGACUACAGCCAGACCUUCUAUCAUUCUAACAUCAAGCUGCGCUCGAUGGUCAUGGAUCCCGCCAUGAUGCGUGAGAAGGUCUACAUCGACAUGCUCAACUCUGCCGGCAUCCCCAGCAAGAUCAAGAAGUCUUUCCUUAAGCAGUCCGUUCGCCAGGGUGAUGGAAAGACUGAGCUCGGUUCCCUGGUCCAGAUGAACGCCUGGAACGAAAAUAAGCUUCGCCCGAAUACCAAGAUUAGCUAUGUCUCAGAGCAUCUCGGCAAGAACCCCAACGAAGAUCCCCUCAAGGACUUGAUCGAGUUGAUGAAGUUUCUCCAGGACUUUGACCCCGCCUCGACCCCUCGAUCCCGUUGGUUUCUGGAAUAA